AUGGAGAAUUCGCUCGAUAUUGUUAUCCAUGUCUCGUUUAGCAUUGAACUGCGCGAACAUGUAAUAAUGUUCUUGCGCAGUUUUCGAGCAAUCAGUUUCUCACUUGGUCCUGUCGCUCCUCACCUCCUCUCCUCGCCUUGCACUGAUAUGGCAGGUAGCAUGUCGCGCGCGUUCCACUGGCGAUUGAGUGCCUGUCCUAUCGGUGAUGAUGGCCAUUGCAUUCCACCCCGUGACAUCAUCGUCAGUGCAUUUCAGACCAAGACCGAGGCAGAUUAA